AUGGCCAAUAACCGGGUCCCCAUCAACUAUGAAACGCCCCGGUUUCCCUCGUUGUACAAUCCACUCCCAUUUCACCACAAAGAGGCGUAUUACCUCUACUACACGUCGGAUAUCUGGCGCUUCACGAUCUACUGGACACUACUCUUCUAUGGCGCGACACACCUCACCGUCGCCGGAUGCGCGGUUCUAACGCACUGCCGGAAUUGGAGCGUUAUAUGGCUUGUCCCGUUGUUGUAUAGUGUGGUUGCGGGGCUGGAAGGGCUGUUGGCUGGGAGUAUUGUCGGGCUUGUACUUGGGGCUGUGUAUCAAGCAGGCAAUUUUAGAAUGUCGACUUUCUUGCCCAUGAUUUGGGGCGGUGUCAAUGUGAUGGUUCUCAUUGUCACGAGUUAUCCAAUGCAGGGGGGUCUUUGA